GUAGACUCCAAUAAUUUAGAUUUUUUGUCCUUAGUAGUGACACCAUAGUUGUCAGUGGGAGAUAGCAACAAUGUUGCCUCAAUGUGUCAUGUUGCAGUCACUGGCUACAGAGGCUGGCUCAUUUAGGAGUGUUUUCUGGAGUGGAAAUCAAGGAUGUUUCAUCGCCAAUUCAUAGCUAUAGAAGCUUGUACACUAACAUGCAAAAACAUGCAAAAUAUCCAUUUUGCCCACCCCCGGUUUCCAUUUAGGAUAUCCUACCUUGUCUUGCUUCAGAACCUCUUUAGGGUUAAUUUUUCCAUUUGGCAAACCAGCACCUAAAAUGCAGAAACUCUAUUUUUCUAGAACCGCAUCCGCAAACUCAGGCAUUUCUAACUAAAACCAGGAUUUAUGUGCCAGUUUGCCUCCUUUUGCCAACCAAGUGCUGAUGGCCUGACCCUAUCAAAUUGUGGUCUACUGCACAGGCCUCUUCCCUGCUCUCUGUUUGAACAUUCUAGACCACUGCCCUACGUUUGAAUUUCUCUGGCUUCAUUUUGUUGUGAUAACUUGGCGGGGGUGAAAGUUCUUCAUGGCCUCGAUAAAGUUAUGCAAGGUGGAACAGUAGUUCUAACUAUUAAAGAUCAGCCCAUACUUGCCAAUGGUGAUGUUAAUGAAGAUGUUGACAUGCUUGAGAACAUUGAAAUUGGAGAACAGAAACGACGAGAUGAGGCUUAUAAAGCUGCAAAAAAAAAAACUGGCAUAUAUGAUGAUAAGUUCAAUGAUGACCUCUCCACGGAGAAGAAAAUGCUUCCCCAGUAUGAUGAUCCAGCUGCAGAAGAGGGUUUAACUUUGGAUGAAAAGGGACGAUUCUCAGGUGAAGCUGAGAAUAAAAUUGAAGAGCUGCGAAGAAGGUUAACGGGUGUGUCCACGAAUACCUUUGAAGAUCUAACUGCAUCUGGAAAGGUAUCAUCAGAUUACUAUACUCAUGAAGAAAUGCUAAAAUUUAAGAAACCCAAGAAGAAAAAAUCUUUGCGGAAGAAAUAUAAGCUGGACAUCAAUGCCCUUGAAGUUGAAACUGUCUCUUCAGGAUUGAGUGUCAGUGACCUUGGUUCUCGGAAAGAUGUAAGGAGACAAGCCAUCAAAGAUGAGCAAGAAAGAUUGGAGGCUGAGAUGAGAAGUAAUGCUUACCAGUCUGCUUAUGCUAAAGCAGACGAAGCCUCCAAAUUGCUGCGUCUGGAACAAACUCUCAAUGUUAAAACAGAGGAAGAUGAAACUCCAGUUUUUGUAGAUGAUGAUGAGUAUCUUCGUAAGUCCUUAGAGAAAGCAAGAAGAUUAGCUCUUAAAAAGGAGGGAGAAGGGGCAUCUUGUCCUCAAGCUAUUGCAUUGCUUUCCACCUCAAAUCAUAAUAAUGAGACUGAUGAUCAAAACCCUACAGCUGGAGAGUCACGAGAAAACAAGGUGGUCUUCACAGAGAUGGAAGAAUUUGUCUGGGGUCUCCACAUUGAUGAAGAAGCACGUAAACCAGAAAGUGAAGAUGUUUUCAUGCAUGACGAUGAAGAGGCUAAUGUUCCUGAUGAAGAAAAGAGUAAUGAAGCUGGUGGAUGGACUGGAGUUCAAGAAACUAAUGAAGAUGAACAACGCAAUACAGAAAACAAAGAGGAAAUUAAAUAGUUCCUGAUGAAACUAUCCAUGAAUUUUGACUCCAAAGGAAGCCUUUCGGAUGAUUUCUCAGAAGUUCCAUGGUAAAGGACCUGGAAAAAUGAAGCAAGAAAAGCGUAUGAAGCAAUAUCACGAAGAAUUGAAGAUGAAGCAAAUAAAGAGCUUAGAUACACCAUCACUGUCUGUGGAGAGAAUGAGGGAAGUUCAAGCUCGUUUGCAGACAUCCUGUGACACCCUCUACCUCGACAUAUAUAUAAAUAAAUAAAAUAUAUAAAAAUAUUGGUAAACAAAUACACAUGGAUAAAAGAUUCACAUUUACUUCACUAUUACUAAAUAAAACUUAUCAAAAUGAUAUUCGGCUCUAAAUAAGGCCGUCAAAAUUUACAAAAUUUUUUUUGUUAAAUUAGUGAGGUAAAAUAAAAUAAACUAACAUCAUGCAAUUAAUAUAAAACUUAUGCCCCAAUGUCACAUCCUAUCAGAGCAUUGUGUCCCGACGUCUUUCAGCAUAAGGUUCCUUAAAGAAAUUCACCAAAGUUUAAGAUCAUCACAAGAUCCAAACACAAACAACACACAGGGACUGAGUUAUCACAUUCCUAAC